ACUCUCUCCGCCGUCAUCGCUGGCGCAGACAUCAAUCAACGCCUCCGACGCGCUCUGGUAUUAUCUCUCUCCUCCUCAUUUCUAUUUCUAUAAAAAAUAAAAAUCCUCUCUCAGCUCUCACGAAGAGAGAGAGAGAGAGAGAGAGAGAGAAGGCAAAGAACGAUGCCGGUGCUAACGUGCAACGCUUGCAACAAAGAGUUCGACGACGACGCUCAGCAGAAGGUCCACUAUCGAUCCGAAUGGCACCGCUACAAUCUCAAGCGAAAGGUGGCAGGUGUCCCCGGAGUAACAGAAGCAUUAUUUCAGGCUAGGCAGUCAGCAUUAGCUGAAGAGCACAGCAAGUUGAGUGCAGGGCCCAUGUCAUACAGUUGUGCUCUUUGUGGGAAGGAAUACAGGAGUGCAAAGGCUCAUGCUCAGCAUCUUAACUCACGUACUCAUAUUAUGAGAGCUUCUCAGGAAUCAAGUCCUCAAGUUGCAGGAAUUACUAUCAUUAAGCCACUAGCAGUUCAUGCACCAAGCAAGUCAACUUCAACCAGAAAGGCCCACGAGAAGGAUGAAGAAAGUGAAGAGAGCGAAGAUGAAUGGGAGGAGGUUGACUCUUUGGAUAUGGCUUCUGAAUCUCUUAACGAUCUUCAUGUUGACGAGCAUGCUUCGGGCUCUGGUGCUGACAAAAGCGAUGACAUGGAUGAAGAUGAAGAAAUUGAUACAUCCUGUUGUUUUGUUUGUGAUGUUAAACACAAGAGCACAGAAAACUGUAUGAUUCACAUGCACAAGCAACAUGGUUUCUUCAUUCCAGACAUUGAGUAUUUGAAAGAUCCAGAGAGCCUUCUUACAUAUGUUGCUCUCAAGGUUAAAAGGGACUUCAUGUGUUUGUACUGCAAUGAGAGAUGUCAUCCUUUUCAAAGCUUGGAGGCUGUGAGGAAGCAUAUGGUAGCUAAAGGCCAUUGUAAAAUACGAUUUGGAGAUGGAGGUGAUGAUGAGGAAGCAGAAUAUGAAGAAUUCUAUGAUUACAGCAGCAGCUAUGUGGAUGCUGAAGGGAAACAGUUGGUGGCAUCAACCGACAUGGACAGCAGUGUUGAACUAGGAAGUGCAGGUGCUGAGCUUAUUAUAACUCAAAAGACUGAAAACAGAACUAUUGUUCGAACUCUUGGAUCCCGAGAAUUUCUCCGUUAUUACCGCCAGAAACCACGGCCAUCUCUUGCCACUGGUGUUGCUCUAGCUGCUUCAUUAGCCUCAAGGUACCGGAGCAUGGGCUUGGCCACAGUGCAAUCAAGAGAGCAGAUGGUGAGGAUGAAGGUCAUAAGGGAGAUGAACAAGAGGGGCGUUGAAGCAAUGCGCUCAAAGAUGGGAAUGAAGAGCAAUGUCAUCAGAAACCUUCCCAAGAAUGUCCCAUAUUGAUCUGGGGCCUUUUACCUGCGAACCGUGCUUCUCUUCAACACUGGUUAUCGAACGCUUUCCUAUCUGCAUAUUCGAAACUAUUGCUUGUUCGACAUUUUUUUGGGGUUCAAAUUUUGGUGUGAUUUAAAUAUUCUGUUUUCUGUACACCGUUGUCGAGAGGCAUUAGGUGUUCGCAACUUGUUUGGUACUUGAAUUUUGAAUUGGCCGACUCUGGAAAAGCUCAGUUUGGUGUCUUAAAAGCUCAGUGCAUUUCACAAACAGCAUCUUUUGAUUUAUAUUGUACUCUUUUGUUUUAAUCUAA